AUCUACAUGCCGCGCAGACUUCGUGAUAAGCGGCGAGCUUUCUUUGUUACGUGUCAAUCGACAGACCAGGCAAGUGAUUUAAAAUCCCCAACAAAAACAAGAUGACUUUUCCCCGCGAACGCCGUCCGAAGCGUGGGAGUGACGUCACGCACAAAGCUCGUCGUCUAUUGGUCAGCUGGCAGCGUCUCCUGCGAAACGCAUUGUUUGAAUUCCCGCACGGGAGGCGACGCGCUGGAGUAGUUCUGCUAGUCGCGUUGCAGGAGCAGCAGCAGCAGUUCGCUUGGGAUAUGCGGCGCGAUACAUCAGCGCAUAGACGAAAGCUGUCGACCCCCAGACGGAGGUCUCCUCCACGGCCGCCGCCCGCCUCCAAGUCCCGGACCCGCCGUUCCAGCGGUCCCUCGGAACCAUCGCCGAGGAAGAAGAGGCGAUUCCGUCCUGGCAUGCGCGCUCUUAUGGAAAUCCGAAAAUAUCAGAAAUCGACGGACCUGCUCCUGCGCAAGGGACCGUUUUCACGACUGGUGCGGGAGGUCUGUCAGAUGUUUAGUAAGGAUGCUCUGAAGUGGCAGGCCUAUGCUCUCAUGGCUCUACAGGAGGCUGCAGAGGCGUUCCUUGUCCGCCUUUUUGCUGACGCUAACCUGUGUGCCAUUCACGCCAAGCGUGUGACUCUCUUUCCCCGUGACAUCCAACUGGCCCGGCGCAUCCGCGGUGUGGAGAAUAUUUGAAGUGGACUUCCUUGAUCUGGAGUUUUUCUGGAAUAUUUUUACUUCCUGAAUCUUUCUCUUCUUUCUAACAAGAUCAGAUGAGUUGAGAAGGAGGUGUCUGCAGAUCCCUCGAGACCUGCUUCUGAUCUUUAAGAUUAGCAGCCCAGUGUUGCUGUGCACUAAAGGGGGAGUUAGUCGUUCAGGUACCAGCAAGAGCAAAAUCCCUGUCGCCAUUGUGAUUGUAAACAGGUAUUUGCACCUCUCCAGCAGGGCCUUAUCUUCAUAUGUCAGCCAUGGCUCAUGGUAGCAGCGGAUUAGUGACUUAACAUGAAAAAUGCAUGCUGGUACUGAAGUGUGCACGUAUGCGGGGUAUUAUACAGCAUCACGUCUUACAACAUUAUGGUAAUUUUUAUUUUUAACUUGUAAUUUUUUUUUAAAUCAAAUGUAAAACUGUUUAGAAAUUUUAAUGUGUAUAUA